AUGAUCACGUACAACAAGGGUUGCUUCGGUUUUUGGCUUUUGCUUCGCAUCACGGGCACCACUUGGCCUGGGGCCUUGGCCCCAGGCUUCCUGGCCGCAGGAAUCAGCAUUUUUUUGGGCCUCUAUGAUGAGACGGAUGUGGUCAUGAGGAACCGCGACGGUUUCUUGGGACAUCCCUAUGCUUUCCAACUCUUCGCGGUCGUGGUGGGCUUGUUGGUGGCCUUCAAGACUCAAUCGGCCUACUCCAGAUAUUGGGAGGCGGCGGGUGCCUUGCAAAAUAUGGCCUCGAAAUGGUUGGACGGCGUUGGCAUGGCCAUUGCCUUCGAUGCCGCAGGAGAUGCCUCCUGUCCUUACUUGUACGGUGAGAGCUGGGAGAGGAGUGCAGAGGAGAUCCCAGGCAACAAGGGGGGUCCCGACCACCAGCGCUACGUGGCGCAGCUGGUGCACAUCGCGUCGCUUCUGCACGCCGUGGCGCUGCAAGACCUGCGUCGAGACCAUGACUUGGACAAUCUGGUGCCCGCGAAGGCCCGCCUCAGUCGGCCGCCCCCGCUACCCUCGACGUCCUGGUUUUCCGAGAGGUCGAUCUUCUCGGAAGAGCAUCUCUCGGCCUCCAACCGGAACGCCAAAAUUCCCGUGCUGGGCGGUUUGAAGGCGCAGGAGAGGCACGUGCUGUCCAAGGACACGACCGGUCAACCCUUGAGCACGGCCGCACGAGUGGCCAUGGUCGAAGGCUGGUUCAUGCGGCGCGUACUCGCACGGCAGAAGUUCGAGCAAGGCGAAACCUCCAAGACAGCACCUCCCAUCCUCAGCCGACUCUAUCAGGUUAGACGCUUGGGUGGCACACCCUCGAUGGACACCAGCAGCAGCCAUUCCACCCCCACGAGCUUCACCAUGGUCUCCCGUGUCUUCAUUCCCUACAACACGGCAGCAAAUUCAUUGGCUUUUGGCAUGGGUGCAGCCGAGCAGAUCGCCUAUGACCAUGUCCAGAAGUACGCCUACGCCAUCUCAGAGCAAGGUGUCCUGAACGUCAUUGAUUGGAAUGACCCAAGCAACCCUCAGGUCAAUUCUGCUUUGGCCUAUGACUUUCAAGGUGCCAAGCUGACGGAUAUUGAGAUUUGUGCCGAGAAAGGCCUGAUGUUUAUUGGCUCUGGCGCAUCGGACAAAACGCAGCCGGGCACGGUCCAUGUCUUGAGCACUGUGGACCGAAGCUCUCCCGCAGCGCCCAUGAGCCGUGGAAGCCUGACGGCGGGGCCUUUGCCAGACAUGAUCCUUCCAAACAGCGAUUGUACCAAGCUGGCCGUGGGCAAUGAGGGUGAGGGUGACUAUGACACAAGUCUGGUGGAUCCUGCUGGAAGUGUGAUGAUUUUCGAGAACUCCGACUGGACGGAUCUCACCAGCACCGUGAAGCACACGGUCACUCUGGACUCCUACACGGACGCAGAGCUCAUGGCCAACGGGGUGCAUUUGCCGCUGCCUUUGGAUGCCAUGGCGUAUUGGGAUGACCAGUCCAUCUUUGCUUCUAGUUUGGACUUCAGUGCUGCACGAGCCACUUACAGCUCAGCCAUGAACUUGGAACCUGAAUAUUUGGCUUGGUCAGCAGAUGACUCCACUCUCUUUGUGAACCUGCAGGAGAACAACGCCAUUGCCACCAUCACUGUGCCAACUUCUGGAGCUCCAUCCUUGGCGAGCAUCACUGGGCUGGGUUUGAAGGAUCACUCAUCGGUUCCUCUUGACAUUAAUAAGGGCGAUAAGACCUGCAACCUUGCCACGUACACUGGGCUCAAAUCUCUUCGCUUGCCGGACUCGAUCCAAGCCGUGCAAGUGGAUGGCAAGACAUACAUUUUGACGGCCAACGAGGGUGAUGACAAGGACUAUGGAGAUUGGGAGGAAAAGUUGAAGUUAAAGGAUUUGGUGGACUCUGAUGGCACCCCAGAUUCCGACAUGCUGGGGAUGACCAUUAGCGCGGAUGCUGCAAGCGCGGCCCUGGCAGUUCAUGCACCGACAACUUGCGGGUCACUGUCGGCUCCACUGCCGUCGACUACUCCAACACCUCAGCUCCGCAGAUUCAGCACAUUGUGGCCUUUGGCGGUCGUGGCAUCUCCAUCUACGAACACUCCGCCGGCGGUCUGUCCUUGA